AUGCCCGGCCUAGAGCGGAUUAAUCGUUGCGGUCGCCUGAUCGAGGGAGCGCGGAGGGAUUUUCUGAAAUAUUAUCUGAAAAAAUGUCCAACCCUCUUCCACAUCUGCUAUGACCCAAUCGGCACUCAUCGGAAAGCGAGGGCCUUCAUCGGAUUUCUCUUUGGACUCGGCGCAGCUGUCGUUUUGUACGAGGGCAUAAUCGUUGAUCUACAAUUCGAUACGUACACUAGUGCCAUCCUGGGAGCCGUUCUCGUCGUGAUGCUAUCGAUAGGAUGCGCAUUGUCGAUACAGGUGAGAUGCAUCUGCUUGUUGACGAUCCCGACUUUCCUCGGCCGAUCUGGACGCAACGUCUUGAGAGCGCUUGUCUUGGGAUACGUAAUAGCGGGCCCGAUAUUCAAUCUAACGUAUAAUGGCAAAGAAGUAGUGAGAACUUUCGCUUGUACAACGCAACUCACGUACAAUCUCACCAAGACGCGAUUCGACCUCAUGUUCGGUCCUUUCCAGCAGGCGGUGUUGGCCAUGAAAGCGGACGCGAGCGAGUUAAAGGAUACUUUAUCGUCGGUGAGAGAUUUGAUGAGCCCGAUAGUCGAGGAAAUCGAGGGCGAGGAGGAGAUGAGGCGAUUGAAAGAGGAGAACGAUUAUUUGGAUGAGCUUCACGACGAUACCAAAAGAAGCGACGAGAUCGAGGAGAAACAUGAGAAAGAGAUCGCGAAGGCGAAGUCUGAGGCGGAUGUUUACGAGGCGAAGUACAAGAGAAAGAUCGAGGCACGUUGCGAAGAACAGCUUAGUCGCGGUGCCGAACGCUGCAGAGACAUGUUCGCCGACGCUUACGACAAGUGUUACGAGAAAGUAACAGUCUUCGCAGCCUGGCUACUGUGCUGGCCGAUGAAACUUACCUUCGUGUGCAACCUGGUGCAGGCCCUGGGCGGCUCUAACAUCUGCGACCCUGAAGGAAAAGUGGACUCCGGCAUCGGCGAGGGCUACGUCGCUCUGAAAAGAGCCAGAGAUACGUUCAGCAAAAGUCUCAGGGAAGCAAAGUUGCAAUAUAAGGUCGUGAAGCCUCCGGUAAUCCUCGAUCUCCACGACGCUACGGACGCCGCGGAAGCUGUGAUGCAUGACUUCAAUGCACGCAAGAAUGUCCUCGAAUCAAUUAUGACAAUUAUCAAAAGAUGCUUGUCCUUCGUGUUCUUGAGGAUCAUCUUGAGCGCUCAAUCGUAUCACGACAAAUACUUAACCGAAAUAGAGUACGACAAUAUAUACGUGACGUCGUACUUCCGCAAGAUCGAUGCGAGGAGAAAGGCUCGGAGUAGUUUGACUUUGCUGCCUCUGAAGAAGACUGAGAGAUCGAAGUUCGUGGAUCCGUACAGUCUGAAACCGGGCAAGGUCGAACGGGUGCACUUGGUCGGACAAACGGUAAAGCUGAUUCUCGAGGCGAUAAGUGUGACAACGUUUCUGCUGCUGGACAGACUCUUUUACGAGACGCUCGACUUGGUCAGAAGACAUGCUCACAUGGAGUAUAUGCAGGCAGGCUAUCACGACGUGAGUUUGGAGGUCCGCGGUACUGGCAUGAUCGCCUCUCUCAUACGCAGCGUGAUCCGUGGGUUUAACGUGAAGAAACGGGUGAAGACAGUGGUAUCCAACAACGCCUGCUUACCGCGACCUAGCGAGUUGUCGAAUCGCGUGGUCUUCAAAAUCUACUCCAGCUAUCUGGGUGUCUUCGCACUGCUCUUCACCACUGCGUAUACCCAGCGACUACGGCGCGUCAUCUGCUCAUUCUUCUAUAGGAAACGUGAGAAGAGACGAGUGCUCUAUCUCUACAACGAGAGUUUAAGACGCAGACUUGGCUAUGCCAAGUUCAUGCGUGCUAAGGUCAGAGCUCUGGUUAGAACGCGUCGGUUGGAAUAUCAAUUGGAUCCUUGGCUCGCCUUGAGGCAGCGCUGGCCGGCGCUUUGUGGCUGGCUAGUGUUCUUCGCCUCGGCACGUCACAGGUGUCUCAUUUGCGACGAAGUAGAGCCAAGAAAAGGCCCAGAGUUCCGUAGAUGCACGACACCCGGGUGUCCCUUCGUACAUUGUCCUGAGUGCUGGCAGGACAUCGGUGAGAUUUGCUAUGCCUGCGCGGAUCUCGGUGAAACGGACGAUGACACAGAAGACUACGAUAUUCUUCUUUAAAUAAAACCUUGACGGUAACUGUCGAGGCACAAACUAUCAUGUUAACGCGUGGACUGCCAUACUGAUUUUUAUUCUUUGUGUUUAAUUAAAGUUUGAAGUUACCAAAGAUAUAUUAAAUAGAC